AUAAGACCAAAGGAGAAAGUUCCAACUGCCACAAGAAGAGCAAGGGAAGAAAGUUUACAGGACCGGGUCCCAGCCAUGGACUGUUUCACCGAAUGCUUGAACAAGUUGAAGGACAUCCAUGAAAAAGAAGUCCUCGGGUUGCAGAACAAGUUGUUGGAGCUUAACACAGAGAAGUGCCGAGAUGCCCAGAGGAUUGAAGAGCUAUUCGCCAAAAACCACCAGCUUCGAGAACAGCAGAAAGCCCUGAAGGAGAACGUGAAGGUAUUAGAAAACAGGCUGAGAGCUGGCCUCUGUGACAGAUGCAUGGUGACUCAAGAGCUGGCCAAGAAGAAACAGCAUGAAUAUGAGAAUUCUCACCUCCAGAGCCUACAGCACAUCUUUAUCCUCACUAAUGAAAUGAACGGGCUAAAGGAAGAAAACAAAACCCUGAAGGAAGAGUUGAAGAGACUUCGAAAUCUGGAUGACAGACCCAAGCACCACCGGACUAUGUCCAGGGAAAGCAGCUCCAGUCCAGAUUCACCUGUGCCCUUACUGUCCCCAGGGGGGAGGAAACCUAGCAUUGAGAAACCACCACCAAGUCGGGAGACAGAGGAGGACUAUCUUCCUCACACUCCUCUAGGAGAAGAAAAGUCAUCAGGAUACCAGACUUCUGCAAUUCCUAAAAUCCCUCCUGGCACAAACCUACAGGAACAACGAGUUCUGGACAUGAAUCCCCAGAGGAUUUCUAAUCAGCUGCAUGGGACCAUUGCUGUGGUCAGACCAGGGUCCCGAUCUUGCCUCUCUGAGAAAAAUUCUUCUGAGACAGCCACUCCACCCCCACCAAGAAGCAGUCCUCCCUCCCCACCCUAUGACCAAAGCCAUGCCCUGGACAGUUAUAUGAAAACGAACAAGCAAGAUUCCCGAGAGGCAGCCUCUUCCUAUGAAUCCCUGAAGUUAACAGCACGCAGCGAGCAUCUCUGUCUUCUCAACCGCCACCUCUCCUUGCAUCGCUUCGGCCUUCGAAGUCACUGCUCUUCGCCCACUGGGACCCAGAGCUUUUCGAGGAGAGGGCUGAAGGGUGAGGAAGGCGAGGAAGUCCGGAGCCGGCUGCAGGAGGACUGGGAAGACCGCCCGGCCUUCUUGGACCUGCCCGGAGCAAUAGUGUACAUGCGCGACCAGAGACUGGAGGGCACGCUCCAGUUCCUGGAGCAGAGAGAGAGGCUCCAGUACCUCCUGGCCCAGCAGCAACUUCGAGGGCUCCGAGUUCGAGUGGAGAGUAGUAGAGACCGAGAUACAGCCCCAGCGGAGCGGGAGGAGAAGCCACCCUCUCCUCCCCACCAGACUAUAGACUCUGAGGGAAAAGAGACACGAAAGGAAGAGAAGCAUCCGCCUUGCAAGGAGCCUUCCGCAGAGCCGGUGAGACCUCUGCUCCCAGUGGUGAGCGAUUGCUCGGAGCCACGGGAGAAAGAGGAGGAUACCCGGAAUUAUGUUCUGGACAAGCCCCUGGACCUCUCCGACUAUGGCCGCUGUCGGGAAGCCCCUCGAUUACCCGAUUGGCUCAAGUCCCCUAGUCCCCCAGAGACUCGCACCCCAAGUCCAAAGUUGGGGGAAAGAUUUUCGGCACAGAGGAGCAAAGGGGCUCACUCCCUUCUGACUCCAGAGACAUUAAGCAAAUUCCCAGUCUCCAACCCCCACGAUGUUCCCAGAGAUGCGGAUCGAGUCUGCAGCCAAGACAGAGAUGAUCCCCCUGCAACUUUGGAGCGAAUGCCAUCCCCACAAGGUCAUCAUCCCAGCAAACUCACUUCAGAUGAGGCUGAACAUGAUGCAGGAAUCAGACUGAGGUUGUCUCUCCGGAAACAAGAAGCAGAUGUUCAACCAGACACCAACCAUGCUGAGUCCUCGAAGCCUGAAUCUGAUGAGCUGGAUACCUCAGACAGUGAGGUGGCUCCUAAUUAUGAUCCAGGAACCAACCAAGACCCUCAAGGAGAAGACCUGAGGUAUUUUUGUGUGAAGGAUAAAAUACAAGGAUUGCCGAAGAAACGGAAACGGGGACAAGAUCUAUGGAGUAAAGCAGCUAAGAAGUCACCAAGAGGAAGAAGGAGAGUGAAAGGAGUCUUUGCCCAGACUGAAGAAGAGGAAAGCCCAAAGGAAGAAGAUAAUCCCAGUCCUGCUUCAAGCAAUGGGGCCUCAGAGGAGACAUCCAUGAGUGGGCCAUGAGUGUGAAUUCAAGAAGUUUUCUUUUCAUUAUGAUACACAAAAAGGAACUUGACAUAAAAUGGCCAAGUAACCAAGUCUAGUAUCUCCAAACCCCAAAGUACCAGCAAUCUUGGAUUAUGUGAAUUCCCAUUCCCAAUCCUGGAUUCCACCAUCACUACAUACUUCUCCCAGGAGAUAAGAGUAAGAUUAGCAGAGGGCAUUAUAAAGGCUUGAUUUGGGGGAAAGGAGGAAGAGUAAACAGGGAUCAUUUUUUAACCAAAAGUACAAACCACCUCAGCAAAAAAAAAAAAAAAGAUGGCACAAAUUCAAGAACCUCUCUUGUCUUCCACUCUUAAGUAAAAUGAGCUUAUCCAAUCUUUGAUGGUAAACUCUGACGACAGUGAAUAAGUACUUGGAAAGUCUUACAUGAAGGAGAAACAGUUUGAUGAUUGAGCAAAGACUCCUGGGAAAAGACAGGUUUACAGUGGAUGUAUGAGACUGAACCCUCCUCUCAGAAUGGGGAACUUUUUUUUCUGCCUAACAUCUUGUCCAGUCUUCAGGACGCAGAAAACUUGGAAUCAGCAAUUAACAUUUUCUCCCUGGGGAAAAAUCAAAUUGCAAUUGAAUGAAUCUGGGAGGUGAAUGAUAUAAGGCUUCAGACCAGGAAAACCUGGAACAGAAAAAGAAAAGAAUAGAAGGUUCUGGUAUUCAUGUCUCUGCUACUCUCUGAAAGUAGAAAUACUCAUCUGUCUUCCUCUCAAAAGAGAGACAACAGGAGCACAGUGGCCACUGAUGGGACAGAGAGAUGGCUGGCUCUUAAGCCCUCGCAUCUCUCUAUCAGACAAAGAUCCUAUGACAGUCUUCAAUCUGCAUGUAUUUGAUCAACUCUCAACUAUCCAAAGGUACCAAUUGAGAGGAGGAUCUCUGAAAUCCACAUAUAAUCCAAAAGUCUUGUUAUAGUCAAAAGAUUUGCCUCUCUCAUAAAGUUAGCAUGUCUUGAUUGUACAACUUCUUUGUGCAUAACAGUAUAAAUAGUCCUAUGUUUAUCUGCAUUCUAAGAGAGACAUAAUCAUAAAAUCUUCCUCAAGACUCAUGGAGGGGGAUAAGUGAACAAUGCUUAAGAUACAAUAUAUUUCAAUUCAACAAACUAAGGGCUAAACUAUGUGGCUUGAACUAUAAGGAAUAUGAUGUUGGGCAGGUCAAGGAGGAUCAGAAUUGUUAGUAAGUCUUUAAACAACUUAAAAACAUCAUGUGAUAGUGCAUCUCCGUGGCCAAAAAUGAAGCCAUUAUUGGUAAAGAGUAUAUGUUUGAAGAUCAGAAACCUCGGGAUCCAUGGAUUUUUAAAUUAGUCAAACUUCCUAUCCUUAUUUUUCUCCUCUAGACCUCUCAAGAACUCUGUCAAAGAAGGCAGAAGGAGGGUACAAUCAAAGUUGAAAGAUGAAAUAUUAUCAGUAAAAACUGAGAAAUUAGGAGAUGAAAGAUUUUUUGGGGGGGAGGGAAGAUGGGAAGAAUGAUGAGUUCAGUUUUGGCCAUGUUGAGUUAGAAGAGUUAGCAGGACAUUUUGGUAUAUAAAUAAACAAGAAGCUAAAGAAAGCUUCUUCACUGCAAAUGUUCCAAUAAAAUCUAGAUGGCCACUGAUUAGGAAUUUGUAGAAGUAAUUAUUGUUUGGAUAUGAAUUGAACUAGAUAACUUCUGACUUCCCUUUUAACUGAAAUUCUAUGAUUCUGUGAGGAAGGAGGUAGGUACAUGGUGCCCAGAUGUCUCUCAUUUUAGAUAAAAACUGCAUUUAUACAAAAAAAAAAAAAACGAAUUGAGCUUUACAAAAGGAUGGAUGAGCUUAUAAUUAUAGAAGGGGUCUCAGAAGUCACUUAUCUAUUCCUAAAACAAACCAUGAGCUUUUUUUUUUUACAAAGGAAUGGUGUAGCCUUUGCUGGGACAUAUUUUUCUACAGAAAGCUUUUAAAUGAUUUUGUAUAGUUAGAAAUGACUUGGUUUCUAAAACUCAAUUUACAGGCAAGAUUUGAGCAACAGUUCUAUUGUGUAGAUUAAGGAACCCUUGUAAUUAGCCCAAAACUGGGCAGCUAGAAUGUAGAGAAUGGGAAGUAUACUCUGAAUCCGACACAGUAUAACAAUGGGUGUUUUUCUCCUAGUCUGCGUCUACCACCUAGUGGACAAGCCUGAUAAUACUGUAUUUUACGAAAGCUUAGAAAAGAUAGAAAAGUCAAGCUAAUCAGAUAAAACUGAAGGUUAAUCAGAAAAGAGAAUCAAUAGGUAGAGUGCAAUUAAUUCCGAAAUGGUGGGCAUUAGACAGUAAUUCUGGGUUUUCUCUUAAUUUUCAUGGUCCAUAGGAUUGGAGGAUAUCCAAGAAUCCUCCUUGUUAAACAUUUUUCUUAAUUCAAAACACUGUGAUAUGAAAUUCAGUUCUGUGCUAUGUUCUUAUCAUUGAAAUGAUGUGAAGAGUUUUUUGAAAAUAAAAUUUCAUAUAUUUAAAAGAA